AUGAUGGACGCUGAUAUGAGAGCAAUUUAUGAUACACUCAGAACGAACCCCCGUAGGGAAAUAGUGCCGUCAGUGUACAUCAUUCGGUGCAAUGUGUAUGACAGGGUACCAAGAAGAGUAGUCUGUUGGUGCUUGAAGAGAGGGAGUACCAGAGAAGCUGGUAAUGUUAGUGAUGAUGAUGUAAGAGGUGGCCCAAGAACCACUGCACAGACAAAAUAUGGGGAAACUGAGGCAUUCCCGGUGGAGGUUGGCCUCCUUCAGGGAUCAGCUCUGAGUCCAUUCUUGUUCCUCGUCAUUAUAGACACACUGACAUCAGAAUUAAGGAGCAACAAAGAACUGUAG